UCACUGCCGAAGGGAGGUCCUUAUGAUUUGAUAUAACAUUCAAAUGACAGUAAAGUAAUUUAGAGCUCUCUAUGGGUGUGUUUUAUGUGUCAUAUACACACUGCUAACAAUGUUGGCCGCAACAGUGCAAAGUGUUGACUCUUCUAAUAACUCUUGUUUGUGUUGUAAUUUGUAAAUGUACUGUCUCAAAUAAGUUAUUUUACAUUUUGUGACUGUUAUUUGUUAAAAUGAGCUCUAAACUGUGUUGUCAAACAGUAAUAUUUGGGAUACUUUCCCAGGGGAAAAAUAAAUUGGAAUAAAGGCGCAAUUAGAAUUAGGUCGCAUUUGUUAGAAGCUUUCAGUCAACAGUGUGCAGUUGGGAAUGAAUGAGAUUGGUACAGAAUGCUAAACCACCUGCUAUUUUAGUUCACUUUCUGCCAUACAUUUUUAUGCCAUGGCUGUGCUCCAUGCAUUCACAUGAAGUAUUGCAAUCUGUCUUUUUUCACUAACCACAGUUCUGGCCAUUCUUGAUUGGGGCUUUAAUUUAGUAUACUAAUGAUAAAGAAGCAUCUAAAUGACCACUAAAAUGUUCAGUUUAUCAUGUGUAUGUAUGUAUGUAUCUCUAAAAAAAUAUGACAUUAUUGGUCAAUUAUUAUUACAAUUAUCCAUGUUUUACUUAACCAUGUAUACUAUAUAUAUAUUAUUCACCUCUAUCCUCAGUUACCUGACAAUGUCUCAUAGGCUUGAAACUGGAAAUAUUGCUUUAUUUAGAUUUAUAUAUUGUUUCAUUUAGGCUUUUCGUGUACUUUGGAGCAGUUUUUGUAAUGUCUGAAAAAGUGCUAUAUGUAAUAACUACCUUUUUCAGUAGCAGUGUAAAGGAAAAGAAUAGCUGUCUGUUAAAAGAGUCAUUCAAUGUAAUUCAGUGUGUUUUACAAAGACAGAAACAAUCACUUAGUUGGAAGUUUACUCUUCAUUAAAUUUCGCAAACAAUAAAAACAUUGUAUAAAGGGUAAACUCACAAAUUGUAUGCUUAUUUAACAGGCACACACCGAUCUUUAGAUUACCACAAAACACACGUACAGUUAUUUUCUCAUUAGCUCUGUUCUAAGCAGUUUUACACAUAUAAUCAAGACAAUGUUAAGUCAAGCACAUGUAAGAAGAGGUGGUGUAUGCCUUGACUAUGUAAACCUUUGGCUGUGUUACUGUUGUGUUUGCUUUUGGUGUGGCUGAAGCUGUGACGUUGGGCUCCAUUACAUUAGCAUUAUCAAUGUGCCGUCACUCUGGAAAGCGAUAUGGGACACCACAGUGCCAGCCUCCUCAGUCUGCAUCUCUGGCUCUUUGUCACAGACAAAGGAGGCUCUUCAGCAACACCCAGUAGCUUGGCAAGCCUGGAGACAGAAGAACCAAGAUGCCACGCUCAAAUUGUGAUGUCAUGUCUAAAGAACCAAGCACUAACCUGGAGAGCGCCAUGCAGAUGCUCAUCAAGACGUUCCAUAAGUACUCUGGGAAAGAAGGCGACAAAUUCACGCUUAGCAGAGGGGAGUUAAGAGAACUACUGACAGAGGAAUUGGGAAACUAUCUAGGGAAUGCACAAGACAAGGAUGCCGUGGAGCGAGUGAUGAGUGACCUGGACGCCAAUAAUGAUGGUGAGGUGGACUUCACUGAGUUCAUCAUCCUGAUGGGCGCACUCACAGUGGCCUGCAAUGACUUCUUCCUUGACAGUCCACCACCCAAGAACAAGCCUGAGUCAAAGUCAGAUGCGAAGGAUGGAGAGAAUAAAGAGUAAUGAGGGGAUGAGAAUGGGAGCAUGAGAGAGAAAUGUAUCAGGUUGUUUCUGUAGCCAGGAGUGACGGUCUGAGAAGAAACCCGUCUGUUUUGAGCUAUUAAUUACUUGAAAUUUCCAAUUAUUAUGCUUGUCAUUACUCAUUACUUUGCCCUAAGCACAUGAACACUUUCAAUAAUUUCAGGAGAAUAUUUGCCCAACACUAAUCUAAUUCCCCAGGUAUGCAGAAAAGCAACAAUCAGCUGUAGAUGCUUUUGUUUAAAUUAAAUCCUCCUCACGGUACUAAGAUACGUUUCUUCCAUUUUGGCAUACAUUUUGUGAUUUUAGGAAUUGUCCAAAAGUUCUCCUUUAAUUUGAAGAGAAAAUACAUUUAAAAACACAUCUAUUACCCUGACAAUUUAUCACUGAAACUUUCCUGAAAUUAUCACAAGGAAAGCUAUCGGAAAUGGUUAGGGUUUGGGUGGAGGGAGGGGUUAAUUGUAACCUCAUUUGUAACACACAUAUUAUUAGCAAUGUCACCGGUGUUGAAUACUUCAAAGUGUUUGGCUUCUUUUCAAGGCAUCUAUUUUGUAGCCUGUUUUGUUAAGUGUUGAUAUGUAUCUGUAUCACUACAAUAAAUAUGUCUAAUGGAUUGUCA